AUGAAUGUAGAGAUGACUGGGGAAAACCAAUCCUUGUCAAUAGAGUUUAUCCUCACAGGAUUUACACAUCUCUCAGAGCUGAGGACCCUUCUGUUUUUGGUGUUCCUUACCAUCUACCUGAUCACCAUGGUGGGAAACCUUGGUUUGGUGGCAUUGAUAUGUACAGAGCAUCACCUUCACACACCAAUGUAUAUCUUUCUGGGUAACCUUGCUCUGAUGGAUUCCUGUUGUUCCUGUGCCAUCACCCCCAAGAUGCUAGAGAAUUUCUUUUCUAAGGACAGAAUAAUUUCCCUCUAUGAAUGCAUGGCACAAUGGUACUUUCUCUGCCUGGCUGAAACUACAGACUGCUUCCUUCUGGCAGCCAUGGCCUAUGAUCGCUAUGUGGCCAUCUGCAACCCACUGCAGUACCACACCAUGAUGUCAAGGAAACACUGCCUUCGGAUGACCACAGGAGCCUACCUAGCUGGAAACCUGCAUUCCAUGAUUCAUGUUGGGCUUCUGUUUAGAUUAACUUUCUGUAGGUCUCAUCAAAUCAAUCACUUUUUUUGUGAUGUUCUUCCAUUGUUCAGACUCUCCUGUGUUGACCCUUAUAUUAAUAAGUUGAUGCUAUUAAUCAUUGCUGGAUUCAUUCAAAUCUUCACUGUUAUCACAGUAAUAAUCUCUUACCUUUUUAUCCUUUUCACAAUUUUCACAAUGAAAUCCACCAAGGGCAGAGGGAAAGCUUUAUCUACUUGUGCAUCCCACUUUCUCUCUGUCGCAAUAUUCUAUGGAUCGCUUCUCUUCAUGUAUAUUCGACCAAAUUCACUUAAUGAAGAAGAUAAAGAUUUACCCCUUGGUGUUUUUUAUACUGUAGUUAUCCCAUUAUUAAAUCCUUUCAUUUACAGUUUAAGAAAUAAGGAAGUAAUAAAUGUCAUGAAAAAAAUUAUUAAGAGUAACUCUUUGUUCCAGAAAAUUGGAACAGUUCCCCCAGAACUAGAAACUGAGUACCCACUGGUUUGGGCCAAAGGGAAUCCUCCAGGACUAGCAAGGCACCAUGUCCCUAUUUUGAUUGAUCUGAAACAUGGAGCUCAACAAGUAAGGCUGUGGCAGUACUUGAUUCCCCGAGAAGCUCGACUGGCAGAAGAUGGCUUUUGGGGAUAUCACACCCCUAUCUAUAUCCUAAAACACAUCAUUAGAUUACAGGAGGCACUGGAACUUAUAACAAAUAACACUGCAAGGGCCCUGACUAUAUUAGCCCAACAGCAAACUAAAAUGCAUAACACCAUCUGCCUAAACCACUUGGCUUUGGAUUAUUUGCUUGCUUCUGAGGGAGGGGUUUGUGGAAAGUUUAAGUUGAAUAAUUGUUGUCUAAAAAUAGAUGACAUAGUAAAGGUGACAGAAAAAAAUGCUGAUUGCAUGACUAAAAUUGCCCAUGUGCCUACUCAUCCUUGCCUUAUACCUCUCCUAAUUAAUAUUAUAAAAGGUUUUAUAGAAACCAUGGUUGAAAGAAAAGCAGCCUCCCAGUUGCUACUCAUCAAAUUCGCCAACAGGUAA